UUGUGAUCUUACUGUAAUAAAUUCUGCGAAUCGGACCCUGAUUUGGUGCUAAUAGAGUUGAAUGAAUUUUGUGUAAAGGUAUACAGUAAGGAUCUGGUGCUAUUUAACGUAACUAGACGAACAUUGAAGUUCAAUUGUACAAUAAAAGAGUUAUAUUUCAGUUUGUAUUCUGACCAGAUUGAAGCGAUUACCAUGAUCUUAUUUUAGAACUUGCAAAAAUUCUGCUUCUUUUCGUUAGGUCUUUUAUUGUAUUCUGUAAAACCCUCGGGUCGCUGAACAGAACAACCAACCCCUUUCCCCACCUAACAAUCCCUGACUACCAACCUCUAUCACUUUCCACCAGCCUAAUCUGUACUGUACCGGAGGAUUCUUCACUAGUGCCUAAACACAACCCACUGAAUCAUUUUAGUCAAAUGAGUGCAAGACUCUUACUGUUGGGUGGGUGGUAUAUACUAAUCAAAACUCCUGUUUGUUAAUUAAAGUUGAGCAAUUCUUGAUAUGGAAGUAACAUGUACGCCUUCGCAAAUGGUGAGUUUUUCAUUAAACAGCGUAACAUAAGGCAGCUUGGUUAAAGACCUUUACAGAGUAGCCUAAGUUAGAUUUAGUUUCUACAAUUUGAGGUACAGUUUGGUCAUAUGUUUUCUAAAUACCUUUUCAAGAGAAAACCACAAAAUAGGUUUUAAAUAGAAAGAAUUCAUAACAUAAUGUAUGCUGGUAUAAGAAAUAUGAUGACAGUUUUGUGGUUACUGAAUAUUUUUAUGAUGGUUGAAUGCAAAACUACAAAGAAGGUCUACCCCUUCACAUACACUGACUGUGCUUUGAGAUCCAGAUUGAUGCUAAAAAUUUCACCUAACCCCCCAUCUUUCAACAAGCAUUUUAAUUAUACCUUGAAAGCCUUCGCAUCACAUGAUUACAAUGUACUAAUAUAUCAUGUUGAUGUUUGGGGGGGCGUUGCACCUGGAAAAACCACUCGAUUUUUGGCAGCAUCCGGGUACUUAUGCAACUUGUCAAAAUUGAUAUGCAAAGGUCAUAUCGGCGAUGUGCUAGAAAGUUCAGAAACAAGAAUUCUACACCACAAGUCAUGGCCUUUUACAUUUUUCAAUGCUUCUGUGACCCUGGAGAAUGAGCAUGGCGAAAAAGAAAUAUGUUUCAGUUUUGAAACCUCGAUUGUGGAAUCCUAAUUUAAAGGACCAUAGUAAUUUCAUUGAAAAAAAUGUAGGCUAAUUGUAACUCGGUUUAUCCCUGCA